AUGAUUCCGGAGAAGAAACCAGAUCAAGUUUGUUGAUUAAACUCUAUUAUAAAUUCACUCUGUAUUACAGAAGCUGAUCAUCUUCGAUAUGAAAGGCGUCUCCAAUGUUGACCUGUCAGGAGCAUCGACGCUCUUGAAAAUACAACAAGAGUUGAAGUCCAAAAACAUUGCCUUCCAAUGUAUAAAUGCUAACGGUGAGUCAAUACAUAGUGAGUAAUGCGUCAAUCUUUGUUUCAGACAGUGUCUCCCUCUUUUUGAACGGCGUUGAGAGAGGUGAACAGCUCUUCGAGUGA